GAAGAGCGGGCAGGGGAACCCGUGACGGGAGCGAGCGCACUGCUGCGCCAUUUUGUGAGGAUACAAACGGACAGCACCAAAAAGCGGCAUAGGAAGUAAGAGGCACAGAGCGCAGGCGGCGAGUGGACGUGAGGUUACCAGACGCGGGCAGGCGAGUAGACGCCACGGCACCUGAGGUGCCAUGUUUCAGGACAUCCAGUCAGACUGAGGAGACCAUUCCUAGUUCAGUGGUAGGCUAAUUUAAAGAAAUUAACCUGUCUCUGAAGUGACUAAAGGGGAAUAAUGGUGAUUUUGCGCCGGGCUCGGCCGCCUGCUUCCGCCCUGACCAGCAAUGAAUCUUGACUCGCUCUCGCUGGCCUUGUCUCAAAUAAGCUACCUUGUGGACAAUUUAACCAAGAAAAACUACCGAGCUAGCCAACUGGAAAUACAACAUAUUGUGAAUCGGCACGGCCCUGAAGCAGACAGGCACUUGUUACGCUGUCUAUUUUCACACGUGGAUUUCAGUGGCGAUGGUAAAAGUAGUGGGAAAGACUUUCAUCAGACACAAUUUCUGAUUCAGGAGUGCUUAUCACUGAUAACCAAACCAAACUUCAUCUCUACUCUGUGCUACGCAAUAGACAAUCCUCUGCACUACCAGAAGAGCCUCAAACCUUCUUCCCACCUUUUUGCCCAGCUCAGUAAAGUUUUGAAGCUCAGCAAGGUUCAAGAGGUUAUCUUCGGCCUUGCUCUUCUCAACUCUUCCAGCUGUGACCUGCGUGGAUUUGCUGCCCAGUUUGUGAAGCAGAAGCUCCCUGACCUUCUGCGUUCCUACGUUGACGUGGACGUGUCCGGCAGCCAAGAAGGUGGCUUCCAAGAUAUUGCCAUAGAGGUCCUGCACCUCCUCCUCUCCAAUCUCCUUUUUGGCCAGAAGGGAGCCUUCGGGGUUGGACAGGAGCAAAUUGUUGCAUUUCUGAAGACCCUACGCAGAGAUUUUCCCCAGGAGCGCUGUCCGGUGGUGCUUGCACCACUUCUUUACCCUGAAAAACGGGACGUCCUGAUGGACCGUAUUUUAUCUGACUCUGGCGGAAUUUCCAAAACCAUGAUGGACAGCUCUCUAGCAGACUUCAUGCAGGAAGUUGGAUAUGGCUUCUGUUCCAGUUUGGAAGAAUGCCGCAACAUCAUCGUUCAGUUUGGCGUUAGAGAAGUUACGGCUGUACAGAUUGCACGAGUGCUUGGGAUGAUGGCUCGGACACACUCGGGUCUGACUGAUGGUAUUGCGUUGCAGUCUAUUUCUUCCCCUGGCAGCAGCAUCUGGAGCGAUGGCAAAGAUAAAUCUGAUGGAGCGCAGGCUCACACGUGGAACGUUGAAGUGCUCAUAGAUGUGGUUAAGGAACUUAAUCCCACCUUGAACUUUAAAGAGGUCACGUAUGAGCUUGAUCACCCAGGGUUUCAAAUCCGUGAUAGCAAAGGUCUUCAGACAGUGGUGUUUGGUAUCCAGAGAGGCCUUUGCAUGGAGUCAUUCCCUGUUGAUCUCAUCUACAGACCCUGGAAACAUGCUGAGGGCCAGCUGUCCUUCAUUCAGCAUUCCCUAAUGAAUCCGGAUAUCUUCUGCUUUGCUGACUACUCCUGCCACACUGUGGCAACUGAUAUCCUCAAGGCUCCUCCAGAAGAUGACAACCGGGAGAUUGCGACAUGGCAAAGUUUAGAUUUGAUAGAGUCCCUUCUUCGGCUGGCAGAGGUGGGACAGUAUGAACAAGUAAAACAGCUCUUCAGCUAUCCCAUCAAGCAUUGCCCGGACAUGCUGGUUCUGGCCUUGCUACAGAUCAACACCUCCUGGCAUACCCUGCGUCAUGAGCUCAUCUCAACACUCAUGCCGAUAUUCCUGGGCAACCACCCCAAUUCUGCCAUCAUUUUGCACUAUGCGUGGCAUGGCCAGGGCCAGUCUCCUUCCAUCCGCCAGCUUAUCAUGCAUGCCAUGGCAGAAUGGUACAUGCGUGGAGAACAGUACGACCAGGCCCGGCUCUCGCGUAUACUGGAUGUGGCGCAGGAUUUAAAGGCAUUGUCAAUGCUGCUAAAUGCUACGCCGUUUGCAUUCGUUAUUGACCUUGCUGCGCUGGCCUCUCGACGCGAGUACCUCAAACUUGACAAAUGGCUCACGGAUAAAAUACGAGAGCAUGGGGAACCCUUUAUACAAGCUUGCAUGACCUUUUUGAAAAGAAGAUGUCCUUCCAUACUGGGAGGCCUAGCACCAGAAAAAGAUCAGCCUAAGAGCGCCCAGCUCCCUCCAGAGACCCUGGCUACCAUGCUGGCAUGUCUCCAGGCCUGCGCGGGGAGUGUUUCACAGGAACUGUCAGAGACCAUCCUGACAAUGGUUGCCAAUUGCAGUAAUGUGGUGACCAAAGCACGUCAGCCACCACCGGGUGUGAUGCCAAAAGGUCGUCCUCCCAGCACAAGCAGUUUGGACGCGAUAUCCCCUGUACAGAUUGACCCUCUUGCUGCUAUGGCCUCACUCAGUAUUGGGGGCUCAGCUCCUCAUACACAGAGCAUGCCUGCCUUCCCUCCCAACCUGGGCUCUGCUUUCAGUGCCCCUCAGUCACCAGCAAAGGCAUUUCCCCCGCUUACCACUCCAAGUCAGCCCACUGCGUUCAGUGGCCUCGGGGGCCUGUCUUCUCAACUUCCAGGUGGACUUGGAACUGGCAGCUUGACAGGAAUGGGUUCUGGAGGCCUUGGCCUUCCACCUGUGAAUAGUGAUCCGUUUGGCCAAAGAAAACUGAGCACAUCUGGACUGAACCAGCCUACAUUCCAGCAAACCGACUUGUCUCAGGUUUGGCCAGAGGCUAAUCAGCACUUCAGUAAAGAAAUUGACGAUGAAGCAAACAGCUACUUCCAGCGGAUUUACAACCAGCCUCCCCAUCCCACUAUGUCUGUGGACGAGGUUUUGGAAAUGUUACAGAGGUUUAAAGACUCCUCCAUAAAGCGUGAGCGGGAAGUAUUUAACUGCAUGCUGAGGAACCUGUUUGAGGAAUACCGCUUCUUCCCUCAGUAUCCAGACAAAGAACUGCACAUAACUGCAUGUCUGUUUGGGGGCAUCAUUGAGAAGGGACUGGUCACUUACAUGGCUCUCGGGCUGGCCUUGCGCUAUGUCCUGGAAGCCCUGCGCAAACCUUAUGGAUCCAAAAUGUAUUUCUUUGGCAUUGCUGCCCUAGAUAGGUUUAAAAAUAGGUUAAAGGAUUAUCCGCAGUACUGUCAGCACUUGGCUUCUAUCAGUCACUUUAUGCAAUUCCCCCAUCACCUGCAGGAGUACAUAGAGUAUGGGCAGCAGUCCAGGGAUCCACCGGUGAAGAUGCAGGGUUCCAUCACCACUCCAGGAAGUAUUGCACUGUCCCAGGCACAAGCCCAAGCUCCUGCAAAAGCUCCGCUCCCUGGCCCCGUCACUACGAAUGCUGUAACUACCUCCGCCAGCACUGCUACUGCAAAAACUAUCACCAUAACCAGACCCACAGGCGUCAGCUUCAAGAAGGACGUUCCGCCCUCGAUCAAUACUACAAACAUCGACACCCUGCUGGUGGCCACAGACCAGGCAGAGAGAACCGUGGAGCCUCCCGAAAACGUCCAGGAGAAGAUAGCCUUUAUAUUUAAUAACUUGUCCCAGUCAAACAUGACACAAAAGGUGGAAGAGUUGAAAGAGACCGUGAAAGACGAGUUCAUGCCAUGGGUUUCUCAGUAUCUGGUUAUGAAGAGGGUGAGCAUUGAGCUUAAUUUCCACAGCCUGUAUUCCAACUUCAUGGACGCCCUGAAAAACCUGGACUUUAAUAAGAUGGUACUGGCAGAGACUUACCGGAACAUAAAGGUCCUGUUGACUUCAGACAAAGCUGCUGCCAAUUUCUCUGACCGCUCUUUGCUGAAGAACCUGGGUCACUGGCUGGGAAUGAUCACUUUGGCAAAGAACAAGCCCAUCUUGCACACAGACUUGGAUGUGAAGUCCUUGCUGCUGGAAGCGUAUGUGAAAGGCCAGCAGGAGCUACUGUAUGUUGUGCCUUUUGUGGCCAAAGUGUUGGAGUCCAGUGUCAGGAGUGUGGUUUUUCGUCCUCCCAACCCUUGGACUAUGGCUAUAAUGAAUGUAUUGGCUGAGCUUCACCAGGAGCAUGACCUGAAGCUGAAUCUUAAAUUUGAGAUUGAGGUUUUGUGUAAAAAUCUGGCUUUGGACAUCAAUGAUUUGAAGCCUGGAAGUCUCCUGAAGGACAAGGACCGCCUGAAGAGCCUGGAUGAGCAGCUCUCUGCCCCCAAGAAAGACCUAAAGCAAGCAGAGGAGCCCCCGCCUGUCACGGGUGCCAACGAGUACGCUAUCCGUACAGCAGGCCGGCUAUGGGCAUCUGUAGAGAAGCAGGAGUCUGAUGCGGUUUUCACAGCCACAGCGACUGCUCCCCCUCCUAGUACAACAUGCACUUCAAGCGUUCCUCCGCAGCCUCAAUACAGCUACCAUGACAUACACGUCUACUCGCUUGCAGGACUUGCUCCUCACAUUACCCUCAACCCCACAAUUCCUCUGUUUCAAGCCCAUCCUCAGCUGAAGCAGUGUGUGCGCCAAGCUAUUGAGAGAGCUGUGCAGGAGUUGGUGCAUCCUGUGGUAGAUCGUUCCAUCAAAAUUGCCAUGACUACUUGUGAACAGAUCGUACGCAAGGACUUUGCUCUGGACUCCGAGGAAUCUCGUAUGCGAGUGGCUGCUCACCACAUGAUGCGCAACCUGACUGCUGGCAUGGCCAUGAUAACCUGCAGGGAACCCUUGCUGAUGAGCAUAGCCACCAAUCUGAAGAACAGCUUUGCCACAGCCAUGCGGGCGGCUUCCCCUCAGCAGCGGGAGAUGAUGGAGCAGGCGGCAGCACAACUUGCUCAAGACAACUGUGAACUGGCCUGCUGCUUCAUACAGAAAACCGCCGUGGAGAAGGCUGGCCCCGAAAUGGACAAAAGACUCGCCACGGAGUUUGAGCUGAGGAAGCAUGCUAGACAGGAAGGACGGCGUUACUGCGAUCCCGUGGUUCUAACUUACCAGGCCGAGCGCAUGCCGGAGCAGAUCCGACUGAAGGUUGGUGGCGUGGACCCUAAACAGCUGGCUGUUUAUGAGGAAUUUGCACGCAAUGUUCCUGGAUUCCUUCCCACCAAUGAUUUAACACAGCCCACCGGAUUUCUGGCACAGCCAAUGAAGCAGCAGGCCUGGGCUACUGAUGACGUGGCCCAGAUCUAUGACAAGUGUAUAACUGAACUGGAGCAGCAGCUGCAUACAAUUCCGCCCACUCUCGCCAUGAAUCCUCAGUCGCAGGCUCUGCGCAGUUUGCUCGAGGCUGUAGCACUCGCCCGCAACUCCAGAGAUGCCAUUGCUGCCCUUGGACUCCUGCAAAAGGCUGUGGAAGGGCUGCUGGAUGCUACUAGUGGUGCUGACGCAGACCUGCUUCGGUACCGGGAAUGCCACCUCUUGGUUCUUAAAGCUCUGCAGGAUGGCCGUGCUUAUGGCUCUCCCUGGUGCAACAAACAAAUUACCAGAUGUUUAAUGGAGUGCCGAGAUGAGUAUAAGUAUAAUGUGGAAGCCGUUGAGCUGCUGAUUCGAAAUCACCUGGUGAACAUGCAGCAGUAUGACGUCCACCUGGCUCAGUCAAUGGAGAACGGACUGAAUUAUAUGGCUGUAGCCUUCGCCAUGCAGCUGGUUAAGAUCCUGCUGGUGGAUGAGCGCAGCGUGGGCCAUGUCACCGAGGCCGAGUUCUUCCACACCAUCGAGACUCUGAUGCGUAUUAACGCGCACUCCAGAGGCAAUGCGCCUGAAGGCCUCCCCCAGCUAAUGGAUGUUGUGCGAUCCAACUUUGAAGCUAUGAUCGAACGGGCCCAGGGAGGUCCAAACUUCAUGAUGCAUUCUGGAAUCUCACAAGCUUCGGAGUACGACGACCCACCCGGUCUGCGGGAGAAGGCAGAAUACCUUCUGAGAGAAUGGGUGAACCUGUACCAUUCUGCAGCCGCUGGCAGGGACAGCACCAAGGCUUUCUCUGCAUUUGUUGGACAGAUGCAUCAGCAAGGAAUCCUGAAGACUGACGAUCUCAUCACCCGCUUCUUCCGCUUGUGCACCGAGAUGUGUGUGGAGAUCAGUUACCGCGCCCAAGCAGAACAGCAGCAUAACCCGGCAGCCAAUCCCACCAUGAUCCGUGCCAAGUGCUACCAUAACCUGGAUGCCUUCGUGCGUCUCAUUGCUCUGCUGGUAAAACAUUCUGGAGAAGCUGCCAAUACGGUCACUAAAAUAAACCUUCUGAACAAGGUGCUCGGUAUUGUUGUGGGAGUUCUCCUCCAGGACCAUGAGGUGAGGCAGAGUGAGUUUCAGCAGUUGCCGUACCACAGAAUCUUUAUCAUGCUGCUGUUGGAAUUGAAUGCUCCUGAGCACGUCCUGGAAACCAUCAACUUUCAGACUCUGACCGCUUUCUGCAACACCUUCCAUAUACUCCGACCGACCAAAGCAGCAGGGUUUGUCUACGCGUGGCUGGAGCUCAUCUCCCAUCGCAUAUUCAUCGCUCGGAUGUUGGCUCACACGCCGCAACAAAAGGGCUGGCCCAUGUAUGCGCAGCUACUGAUCGAUCUCUUCAAAUACCUGGCUCCAUUCCUGAGGAACGUGGAGCUCACCAAACCUAUGCAAAUUCUGUAUAAGGGCACUCUGCGUGUGCUGCUCGUGCUGCUCCACGACUUCCCGGAGUUCCUGUGCGAUUAUCACUAUGGCUUCUGCGAUGUUAUCCCACCGAACUGUAUCCAGCUGAGGAAUCUGAUCCUGAGUGCCUUCCCACGCAACAUGAGACUUCCAGACCCCUUCACGCCCAACCUCAAGGUGGACAUGCUGAGUGAGAUUAACAUCGCUCCACGAAUCCUCACCAACUUCACGGGAGUUAUGCCUCCCCAGUUCAAAAAGGAUCUGGAUUCUUACUUGAAAACCCGCUCGCCUGUCACCUUUCUGUCUGAGCUCCGUAGUAACUUGCAGGUAUCCAACGAGCCUGGCAAUCGCUACAACAUCCAGCUGAUAAAUGCGUUGGUCCUGUAUGUCGGCACUCAGGCUAUUGCUCAUAUCCACAACAAAGGCAGCACUCCUUCCAUGAGCACCAUCACGCACUCUGCUCACAUGGACAUCUUCCAGAACCUGGCUGUGGAUCUGGACACAGAAGGUCGCUACCUCUUCCUGAACGCCAUUGCCAACCAGCUGCGCUACCCCAACAGCCACACGCACUACUUCAGCUGCACCAUGCUGUACCUGUUUGCCGAGGCCAACACCGAGGCCAUUCAGGAGCAGAUCACCAGGGUUCUCUUGGAGCGAUUGAUUGUGAACAGGCCUCACCCGUGGGGGCUUCUCAUAACCUUCAUCGAGCUGAUCAAGAACCCUGCUUUUAAGUUCUGGAACCAUGAGUUUGUUCAUUGUGCCCCGGAAAUUGAGAAGUUGUUCCAGUCGGUUGCCCAGUGCUGCAUGGGACAGAAGCAGGCCCAGCAAGUCAUGGAAGGAACGGGUGCCAGCUGAGCCGCGAAGAUGCUGAAGAAGUGUCUGCAAUGUGAAGAAUCCCUCGCACUGUACAGUUUGAUUAUUUUUCCGCCCCGGCAGCUCACAGCACUGUUUUCCUGCUGGGAAUCCAGCAGCCGGCAUGUCUUUGGUUUGGUUUGGGGGGGUGUUCUAAGGUUUGGCAGGUUACUUUUGUUUGUUUUAUUAUUUCCCCCGUUCUCCCAAAGUGUGGCCAAAAAGAGGAUUUUGUGAAUAUAUAUAUAUUUUUUUCUUUCUUGUAAAUAUUGAUGCAAUUCAAAAAAAAAACAACAGUCUGGGCUGGUCUUUUCAGAGCUUUCGCAGAGGGCCGGGGCCGCUGGGGACACGUUUGACUCGAAGCAAACGCUAUUUUUUUUUUUUUUUGGACUUGUAAAUGGCGCGGGUGCCGUCUGUACGUUGGCAGCGGCUUCCCCGCCGGUUCUGUUGGGUUUGUACACAAAGAUCUGGACCAAUCCAGGCCGUUUUGUAAGAGGUUUUGGAUGUUUUGUAAAUGUACCGGUCCUGUGUUGUAUUUUGUAGGUUUUCGGUUGUCCCUCUUGUAUGUAUAAAUUCUGUAGUUACACAUUAAAGUCAUCACGUGCAGCAAA